AUAAGCUUCGAAAUGUUAGGUUAAGAUGGUUUGGUAAUGUGAGAAGGCGUGCACCUGAGGCUCCGGUGCGGUGAUGCAAGAGGCUUUCAGUAGUUGGAGGGUGCAGGGUCUCUCUCAACCGAACUACAAAAAGUGGAGUCGCCUUUUCCUCCUCUUGGUUCGCCGAUUCAAUCUCCAAGGCUACAUCAAUGGCUCCAUCGUCCCUCUCUCCGAAGACGACGAUGAGUGGCUCCAACUUGACGCUCUCCUCCAGGGAUGGAUCUUAUCCACCAUCUCCGACGAAGUCUCGGAUCUGGUUAUCUCAUCUGUCUCCACCGCUUCUGCUCUUUGGAAAGUUAUCCAUGAUCUUUUUCACGACAACAAGAAUGCUCGUGCCAUGCAACUCGAGCACGAGUUCCGUACCACUGUCAAAGGCAACACUUCUAUGGCAACCUACUGUCAACAUCUGCAAAAUCUUGCAGACUGGCUAGACGAUGUGGAUGCCCCGGUGUCCCAACAUCAAUUGGUUCUUCAGAUGCUCCGUGGUCUCCCCGAUGAUUUGCAAGCCCAGACGUCUUUUCUUCAAUUUCAGGAUCCGCUGCCCACUUUUCUCCAAGCCCGCUCUGCUCUCAUGCUUUUGGACCGACAACGCAACCCCAUGGCCGACUUGAGUAGCACGGCCCUCCUUGCCGGCAGGCCCGGCGUCAACGGCGGUGGUCGGCAACCGUCCAGCGGCGGCAGCGGGGGACCCCAGCACAGCAGCAGCGACAGCGGUGGUUUCCAUGGCGGCAGGCUCCAGCACGGCGGCAGCUACGGUGAGGGCGGCUCCUCCGGAAAGCGCAACGGCUAUGGACGCGACGGCGGGCGAGGCAACGGCGCUCGGGGUAGAGGUCGUGAAUGACAAAGCAGCUCAAGAA